GGCGGCGGCGGCGGCGCGAGAGGCGGCGGGACCGGGGGGCGGCAGCCGGCGCGGCCACGCAGCGGGGCGGCGGGGACGGAGCAGACCGCGGGCACAGCGGCCGCCGGGACGCGGGCGGGCAGCCGCCAAGCCGCCGGGCGACAUGGUGCUGCUCAAGGAGUAUCGUGUCAUCCUGCCUGUGUCUGUGGACGAGUAUCAAGUAGGGCAGCUAUAUUCUGUGGCUGAGGCCAGCAAAAAUGAAACAGGCGGUGGUGAAGGCGUGGAGGUCCUAGUGAAUGAACCUUAUGAGAAGGACGGUGAGAAAGGCCAGUACACACACAAGAUCUACCACUUACAGAGCAAAGUCCCCACAUUUGUUCGAAUGCUGGCCCCAGAGGGAGCCUUGAAUAUCCAUGAAAAAGCAUGGAAUGCCUAUCCUUACUGCAGAACUGUUAUUACAAAUGAAUACAUGAAAGAAGACUUUCUGAUUAAAAUUGAAACCUGGCACAAACCAGAUCUUGGCACCCAGGAGAAUGUGCAUAAGCUGGAGUCUGAGACGUGGAAACAUGUGGAAGUCAUAUAUAUAGACAUUGCAGAUCGAAGCCAAGUACUUAGCAAGGAUUAUAAGGCAGAGGAAGAUCCAGCAAAAUUUAAAUCUGUUAAAACAGGCCGAGGACCCUUGGGCCCCAAUUGGAAGCAAGAACUUGGAAAUAAGAAAGACUGCCCCUACAUGUGUGCAUACAAACUGGUUACUGUCAAGUUCAAGUGGUGGGGCCUGCAGAACAAAGUGGAAAACUUUAUACAUAAGCAAGAGAAGCGUCUGUUUACAAACUUCCACAGGCAGCUGUUCUGUUGGCUUGAUAAGUGGGUUGACCUGACUAUGGAUGACAUUCGAAGGAUGGAAGAUGAGACAAAGAGACAGCUAGAUGAGAUGAGACAAAAGGACCCAGUGAAAGGAAUGACAGCGGAUGACUAAAGCCACCCCUUCCCUCUGCACUUUUUGCAAGACAGUGGUCAACAGGAAGGCCCAGCAGCUCCACCCUCCCGAGUGACAGGCCAUCAUCGGACGCAGCCUUUCUGUGCCCAUUCUUCAGGCAACUUUCCACCCCUCACUGUAGCUAAUUCUAGAUGCCCUUUAAUAUUGUGAACAAAUAGACCGUCUGGUAUUAUGAAGCCCGCGUGUGCGGGAGCCUGCUCCUCUGAGAUAUGUGGUGUGUAGGCUGCUGUAUUUACAGCUCCUCUCCCUCUCACACUGUGUUCUCAUCCAUUUUUGUGCCCCCCUCCCCCAGCCAUUAAUUCCAAGUGACAUUUUUAGUCUUUGAAAAUAGCUGCCUUUUGUGAUGUGGUGAUUUGAAUGAUUUAAGUUUGUUUGUUUUCAACCUUGGGAUAAAUUAAGGUAUUUUGCAUCCUGGGCAGAUCUUUGCAAUUCUGAAUGCUUACCUGGGGAGAGGGGAUGAGUUGGCUCCCCUGUCCCCGCACAGCCACCCCACUCUGGUUCCACAUGGCCACAGUAUCACUUUACUCUGACUUCUGUUCCCAGUAACCAAUUAUUAGUAUAUUCUAAGCACCAAGGAAAUACCCAGGGCCCAGUCAGUUUCUGUGCUGAAAAUUUGACAUAUGCAAAUAACCCUGCCCCAAGCAUUGCAUCUCUGGUCACUAUUCUUAGAACUUGCCUGUGACUUCUUGGCCCUCCUGUUGCCCACUCUUGUCUGAAUUUCUCUGCUGAGCCCAUCAAUAUGCCUAGGUCAACGCUCUACCUGGAGGGACCUGUCCAUUGUGGCCCAUAGAAGUGAGUCUACCCCAGAUAAUCAGUCUGCCCCCGGGGAGACCUUGUAUGUCCAUGCUCCUCAUCCCUUUUGGGCUGGUGCUGCCACUCAGCAAUAAUCCUCUCUGUGCUUUCUUAGAAUCCUGUCCUCUGUCUUUGAGGCUGGUCAGGACACAAAAAGUCUUGACCUUUUCAUGCUGCACAAAACAAGCAUGCAGAAAGCUUCUUCCCAGCAGAACAUGUUCCUUCUUGUCUCCAGUUGCUGUAAAAGAAUAUGGGGGAUCAAAGACUCAGCUCCUCCUGCCCCCUUGCUGAGUUCUGCCCUGGACAAUCAAAAGCAAGUCGUGACUGUAGUAAAGAACUCUACCAAAGUCAGCUGGUGAGAAAGUACAGGCUCCCAAGGGAAUAGAAGCUGCUGGAUGCUUCAGUUUCCUGCAAUUUGGUCUUAGCCAAGUAUGCCGGCCUGCUGGGAGAACUGAGCUGUAUUACGUGUCACCUGACAGUCCCCAAAUCUCAUCAGCCAAGCGUGCAGUGAUCCUAGCCCAUGCUGGCCUGGAUAUAAUUGAUGGAGAGAUCAAUUCUCUUUUGGGGAGUGAGAAGUAGGGUGGAAUGAUUUAUCCUUAUGUUUUUGUCCAUUUGUUUUGCCUUACUCAUUUUAAAGUGCAAUAAAGGAGUAUCUCAGGAUGGUAUCUUUAUCCUGAUGGACAGUUGCCCUCCCUGUGGCCCUCCUAAAGCAAGGGUGGACAAACACAAACUCCCUCAGUAUAGUUUUAUCACUGCUGGAGGUUCUGUUGGAACCAGGUGUCCCAUCACACCUUUAUUAUAAUCUGUUCGCCGUGUCGAAUCUAGUUAUGGAUCUGGGGCAGUUCCGUUGGUAACCUGGCAUCCCAACUCGCUGGUAACAUUUAAUUGACCAAAAGUUGAAGUGGCGUUCCCACUGGAGGAAAUGUGAAUGUUUUCCUACAAGCUCUGUAUUACCUAUCAUUAUACUUGUGUUUCAAGCUUUCCCUUCUUCAUCAACCAGGUGAAAUCCAGAGGAGAGUUACCCAGGAAGCACAAAUGCUGUUCUGAGCAGACUUGCUCAUGUGUUCCAAGUGUCAGCAGAUGUUAGGCUCCUCCUUCAGCUCUCCUUUGAAAUCCACAGCCUGUCACUUCAGCUCUACUGGAGUCCCACUCCAGUCCCUUUUCUGGCUCCUCCCACUUCUACCUGUUGCCCCAGCUUGAAAACAUCCACAUGAAUGAUGCUACAAUUCCCUGAGGUCAGCCUGGAUCUGGGCCUCCUGCCCACAAUAACAUAAAGGCUUUGAGUCCCUGAUCCGUUCCAUCCCCACGAACAGUGUUGCUGCUGGGCAACAGUAUUGGCUUCUGUUAAGUAUCCCCUUCCCUCCUCACCCACCCUGAAGCCACCACUUACAGGGGCGUACAAUGAAAGGUUCAGCUCAAGGGGUGGUACCUGAGGAUGUGCCAUGCCCCCAGACCAGCUGCUUUCUUUAGAGUUCCAGGAUGAAGUCCCUGGCAGUAGCAGUGCCUCCGCAGGAGGGGUGCUGGGUUCUAGCCCCCUCACUGAGAGGUCAGGGACAGGGUCAGUAUUGUGGGCACGUGCAUAUCUUCCCAAAUUCUCUCACAGUCCCUGCAGGGACGCCCUGAAUUAUUUUGGUUUGUUCCUAGUGCUACUUUUACAAAAUACACUUUGUAGAAUUGAUUAGAUUACCUGUUUAUUUAAUGUGAGUUUGUGCCUUUUUGUCUCAAUCUUCCAAUACAGGUAUAUUGGGGGAAAAAAGCAGUCUAAUAAAAUCCUAGACAGAG